UAGAAUAACAGUGGUCCAAAUCCACUAUUUUUAAAAAUAGCCGCUCUUUAUUUAAAACGAUAAGGAUAAUGUCUAUCUUUCCGUAUAAAAAUGGUCUAUCUCCCUAAUGUGAUUUUUUACCAAAAGAUGGCGAUACUUGAUCAUAAAAAGGGUGUCAAAACAGAAAAUAGUUCGUAUAAAGAUGGAACAAGUCCAAGUAUGCGUCAAUGUCAGUAUAACAAUGGUACAUGUCAGGAGUUAGACCACUUUCAUUCUGAAACUUGUUGUUUGUAUGUUUACAUAAAAGUUGUUUCAGCGCGAAAUAAUAAUUUUUUCGUGAUGGAUAGUGAAAAUGCUGACGAAUUUUCUGAUUUUAGUGACUCUGGGUCCGAAUAUUGUCCAAGUUCGAACAAUAAUUCAUCUAGUUCCGAAGAAAAUGAUCCAGCUACUGCCUCCAGUGAUGAUCCACUCUUACAAUUUCAUAUAAGACCAGAUGAACAGAUUGCCGAAAAUCCACAAUUAUUACAACCCACAAUAUCAAGAAAAAGGAAACGCACAAGAAUAGAAAAGUCAUGGAAAAUAAACCAAAGGAAGUUAAGCAGAAAUUCAGGAAAGAGUUAUGUUUCAAAGAGGGGAGUAAUGGUACCUGAGAAACAAUUUACUCAUCUAGAUUGCGGCUGUGCAAAGAAAUGCUUCACUUUAUUUACGGAAGUUGAACGACAACUAAUUUUUGACUCGUUCUGGAGCCUUGGAGAUUAUGUGGCACAAAAUUCAUAUAUACAUGGUCUUGUGCAAGCUAAAAAAGUUGUUCGAAAACGCCCAAAAGAUGGUUCUGGUCAUGAAAAACAGACUUCUUUCUCAUAUUUUUUGAGGAAUGACGGAAAUACUCAGGUUGUGUGUAAGAAAUUUUUUCUGUCUACUUUUCAAAUAAGUAAUGGACGACUAUACAGAUGCAUUGCUAAGAAGACGAUGUCGGAGUGCAAAGAACGGCGUGGCACGACAAGUUCCAGACGAUUAGAUGAUACUGAUAUUGUUGCCCAUAUAAAAGAGUGUUCCAGAGAAAACAAAGAGCCAACAAAUUUAAAAUAUUACUAUCAUGUUUUCAACACGAAGUUUAAUUUACACUUCAAGCCACCACAUCAAGAUACCUGCAAGAAGUGUGAUGAAUUUGAAUUAAAAAUAAAGGCUGCAGAUGAAGAAAAUAUAAAAAAAGAAUUAGAGUUGCAAAGAGAACUGCAUCAAAGAAAGGCACAAUCGGCUAGAAAUAGUCUAAAGACUGAUUUUGAAAAUAUUCAUGCACCUGCCAAAAUCGUAAUAUUAAAACAAGCCUUUCUCUUCCAAAGCUUGUUGCAAGAUCCAGAUGUCUCUAUUGAUACAAUAGAUCUCAAAUUCUUAGUGUCAGGCUACUCCUACCUCCCUAAUGAUGGCGAAUUUGGUAUAAAAGAAAGUGCAAGCCGUAAACAUGUACAAAUUCACAGCCCCGAUCAGUGGAUCGAAAUUAUUAAAGGAUCCAAAAAAAAGUUGCCACAUUUCAAAGUUGUUGAAAUGCACCAUGAGGAAUUUUUAAGCACAAAAAACUUGGAAGCUGCCAUUACAAAUAGGAAGGAAACGACCUGCGGCUACAAUUUUAACUGGCUUACAAUUUGA